CAGGAAGCAGCGGGUAGGCGGCCUUGAGCGGCGGCGACUGACGGGCGGCUGACGGGUGUCCGAGUUUCCAGCCGCUGAAGAACGCAAAGCGGCCGGUGGGACCUGGAGCAAGAAGAAUGAUAUAAAAAUGAAAAAACAUCAAUGUGCUUCAAAUGUGACAAGAAUAGAAUAAAGGCUGCUGUCAUGAUUGCUUGAGUUCAAGACUUUACACUGGAAGGAAAUUUAGAUGUAAACUCUAAUUUCUUAGUUCUAAUAAGUAUCUCUUCUUGGGAACUGGAAAUUUCCAAAAAAGGCAUCCUUUGAAGAAAAAUGUGCUUCUUAAGUCAGCCUGAGCCUCUCCUUUAUACUAAGAACUCUUAAGGAUACUAGCAGAAAAGAAGCAAAUUAAACUGAAAACUCAUCUGCAGCUCAGAAAAACAAAGACAUGGAAUUUUGAGGAGUGAUGGAAGCAUGGUGUCAGCCAUGGGUGAUCAAGACACAGCCAGAUAAUGUGGAUCAGUCUCUUCAAACUGCGACUUUUCUGCUGUCUGUUUUUAGUGUUGAUGGUGGUGGUGCUGGUCAUCAAUGUCACUCAGGUAGAGUACUUGGACCAUGAGACUUUUUCAGCCACAUUCAUCGACAAUAGUGGACAGUUUGUUUCCUCCCAGGUGACAGGAACUAGCCGGAAUUCUUACUGUGACUAUGAACACCAGACUCUGUCCAGCUGGGAGCGCAUGGAGGAGGACUCCUUGCUGACUGACUUACAGUGGCAGGUGCCUCACGUGGGCCCAGUCCCCUUUUUGAAGAGCAGUGACCCUUCUUCCAGCUACUUUGUCAUCUUGAACUCUGCAGCCUUCUUCAAGGUGGGAAGCCAGCUAGAGGUGCUUGUUCAUGUGCACGAUUUUCAAGGAAAGCCCAAGAAGUAUGGCGGAGACUACCUGCAGGCCAGAAUCCACUCGCCUAAGCUGCAGGCAGGGGCUGUGGGCAGAGUGGUAGACUACCAGAAUGGGUUUUACAAAGUCUUUUUUACUUUGCUCUGGCCAGGCAAAGUUAAAGUGUCCAUAUCUCUGGUCCACCCCAGUGAAGGGAUCCGAGUUCUUCAGCACCUACAGGAAGAGAAACCAGACAGGGUCUAUUUCAAGAGUCUCUUUCGUUCAGGAAGAAUUUCUGAAACUACUGAGUGCAACGUGUGUCUUCCUGGGAGCUUGCCCCUGUGUAACUUUACAGAUCUCUACACUGGAGAACCCUGGUUCUGCUUCAAACCAAAGAAGCUCCCUUGCAGCAGCAGAAUUAACCAUUUCAAAGGCGGAUACCUGAAGGGCCUCCUCACUGCUUCAGAGAGUGCUUUCUUCCAGAGUGGUGUCAAUAUCAAAAUGCCAAUCAACUCCAGUGGACCUGAUUGGGUGACCGUGAUGCCCAGGAGAAUAAAAGAAACUAACAGCCGUGAGCUAUCUCAAAACUCAGGAACUUUUCCUUCCGGGUAUUAUUACAAAGAUCAGUGGAGGCCUAGAAAGCUUAAGAUGCGCCAGUUUAAUGAUCCUGACAACAUUACAGACUGCUUACAAAGAAAACUAGUGUAUUUAUUUGGUGACUCAACAAUCAGGCAAUGGUUUGAAUACCUAACUACAUUUGUUCCAGAUCUAGUGGAGUUUAACUUGGGUAGUCCCAAGAAUGUGGGUCCCUUCCUUGCAGUGGACCAGAAGCACAACAUCCUCCUCAAAUACCGCUGCCAUGGCCCACCUAUCCGCUUUACCACCGUCUUUAGCAAUGAGCUCCAUUAUGUGGCGAAUGAGCUGAAUGGCAUCGUGGGAGGGAAGAACACCGUGGUUGCAAUAGCUGUGUGGUCUCACUUCAGCACCUUCCCCUUGGAAGUGUAUAUCCGACGGCUCAGGAACAUCCGUAGAGCAGUGGUCCAGCUCCUGGAUCGAAGCCCUAAGACUGUGAUAGUCAUCCGGACAGCAAAUGCCCAAGAGCUGGGGCCUGAGGUGAGCCUUUUCAACAGUGACUGGUACAACUUUCAGCUGGAUUCCAUCCUUCGGAAGAUGUUCUCAGGGGUUGGAGUCUACCUCGUUGAUGCCUGGGAGAUGACUCUGGCCCAUUAUCUACCCCAUAAGCUACACCCGGAUGAAGUUAUUGUGAAGAACCAACUAGACAUGUUCUUGUCCUUUGUGUGCCCCUUGGAGACCUAGCCUGCCCUGGAGGGGACUGGAGGAAUCACCUUCAGUGACUUUCUCCAUCACCUGCAUUACAGAGUUUAUGGGUGGCCCUAUGGAGAGGUGGUUCCCAGUGAUAUGUAAAAAAUUUCAAGAAGAGCUGGACUUUAUACAAUGACUUGUAAGGAUCUUAGAAAAUGCAAAUUACAUUAUAUUUACCUAUAGAAUGUUUUCCAAUCGUGACUUCGCCACGGGAGAACAAUUAUUAACAGCAUCCACACACUGUAUUGCCCUUGUAACCAAAGAUGCUAAUGAGUGUGUUUGAACUAGCUUCUCUUGGGAGAUGAGAUUACUAUACUAAAAAGUGUGAAAAAUGAUCUGACCUAAACGGGAGGGACAAGUUUGGCUCGCAGUAGAGUGUCUGUAGCUUAUCUGGCAAAGGAAAUUGAGCACAUCUGCACCAAUAGUACAGUUGGUCCAUCUUCAGCAAGGUGAACCAAGGAGGCGUAUUGUCCGUGGCUCCUGUAACACAUUGAAGACUGCCGUGUCUCAGGAGUUUCUCUUGAUGAUCCACUUUUUGUGAAUUACUCAGAAAGACCAGUGUCCUUGGUCUGAAUUUCUAGUGAGAAUAUUUAUAGUGUUCUGCUUUUAUUUAGAAAAGAAGUAAAAGGGAGAUAUGAAAAGCAGUAUGUAUAAAAUCUCCAUGUUCUAUUGAUAUUUGCAUUGGGUGGUUACUUGAUUCAGCUAAAUUUUACAUGAUGAAUACUUAUUUUAAAAUAAACACUUUUGGAACUAGAAGGGUGAAAUCUGUAAGCGGAAAUUUAUUUUUGGGUUUUGAAGUUUGAGGGUUUUGAGAAUUGAAUUUUAUGUAAAGAAUGUUAUUUAUUAUAAAGUUGCGGAAAUUAUUUCCAUCUA